AGAGUUUGACAACGGCCAGAGCGUCUCUGGUUUCUCGGAGCUGUGCGGAGCGCACGGAGCAGAGCAUGGACUACUGACACAACUUUUAAAUUCAGUUGAGUUGAGUUGAGUUGAAAGUUGAGUUUUUAUCCUGAAGAAAUCGGCAAGAAAAUAUGGAGGAUUCGGCAUCAAUUUCUACUGGUGUCAACACCCCGGGGUCAUGCCCUGCCAUGGAUGGACCCUCUCCUCCCUCCCCCAUGCAGACUCCUCCUUCAGUGAUCUCCAGUGACCUCUCUGCUGCUCCUUCUCACCCUGCCAAACCUCCAUCCUCAACAGAGACCGCUGCACAACCCAGGAAAUUAUCUUAUUCCUCUCAAACAUCCACUCAAGACACAUCUAAACCGAUGGAUUCUGUGAAGGGGUCAAAGCCCUUAACUCCUACUGGGCCCUCUAAACUCGCAUCUAAACCUAUUCCCACUAAACCGUCCUCGCCUCCUCCCAGCAAAACACCACUUGUUAUGUCUCCUAACCUCUCUACCCCUGAAACCCCUAAAAUGUCAUCCUUUUCUAAGCUCACAUCUGCCUCCUUUACAUCACCAAGCUUGACCUGUAACCCUCCAACAGAUUCCCCUACUCCUCCCUCUACUGCUGCUUCCACUGUAGCUCCUGCAAUUACUAUAUCCGCCCCCACGAAACGUACCUUUGCAUCCGUGGCCAAAAGGGUGAUUAUACAGGAGAGACUCAGGAAAGCACAGGAGGACGCCAAUGAUGAAGAGGAUGAUGAAGAACCAGAAGAAGAUUUGUCCAUGGAGCAGCUGGAGGAGAAGGCCAAAGCUGGUGAUGCCAGAGCUCAGACCCGGCUGGGUCAGCAUUACUUGCUUCUUGCUGAAGAGAAGGACGCAGAGCUAAAUAAUGGUAUUGCUGUUGACUGGCUGAUUAAAGCAGCUAAACAGGGAAGAAAAGGUGCAGCAAGAGCAUUGCAGCGCUGUUGGAUCCAGAAAAAAGGAAUCACCCCAGAGAAUGAGGCCGAUGUGCGCAGGUUGUCAACAGAAAGUAAAUUUGAGCUGGCAGUGCGUAAAGCAGCCAUGAUGAUGUACUGGAAACUCAACCCAGACAGGAAGACGAAGGUGGCUGUGGCUGAGAUGCUAGAAAAUGUCAGCCAGGUCAAUGCAGUGCCAGGUGGCACUGCAAACAGGAUUCCUGCCCCAACUUCAGGCCAGACCCAGAAAGUACUGGAGAGCAUGGUUAAGAAUGAGGCCACACAGUUGGUGGACUUGGAUGACUUUGUUGAGAUGACUAAAAAGUAUGCACAAGGUAUUUCGCCCCAGAGUGACAGCCAGGUCACAGCCAAGACUGAAAGCCUUACACCUAACAACCGCAGUCGGGAGCACAAGGCUGAGCUGGUACCACCAGGAUACAAGAAGGUCUAUAGACGUUCAUGGAGUUUUGCCAGAAGUGGGAUGAUGCUGGGAGACACAAGGGAGAAUGGGGCCAUGAAAAAAGCCAUGGACAUGAAAUCACGCUUAAUGAUACUGCAGUACCCGCUGCAUGCCAUUAUUGAGAUGAAGGAGCACCUGGUCGACUGGGCGUCGCGGGCUGGCGUCCAGUGGCUGAGCACAGUCAUCCCCACGCAACAUGUUAAUGCACUUAUUUUCUUCUUCAUUAUCAGCAACCUGACUGUUGACUUGUUUGCUUUUGUCAUCCCCUUGCUCGUCUUCUACCUCUCUUUCAUCUCCAUGAUCAUCUGCACACUGCGUAUUUUACAGAGCAGCAAGGCUUGGGAGAACUUAAGCGCCCUAACAUCUCUGCUGACACGUUUCGAGCCAGGCCUGGAUGUGGAGCAGGCAGAGACCAACUUUGGCUGGAACAACCUAGAACCGUACCUCUAUUUUAUUCUCUCUGUUUUCUUUGUUAUUUUCUCCUUCCCUGUAGCUGACAAGGGUUGGAUCCCGUGUUCUGAGCUCUCCACUGUGGCCAUCCUCUUCACUGCUGUCAGCUACAAGAGCCUCAGCCCCACUGCUGCCACAUACGCACACCGAGCAAUGGCCAUAGAGGUUGCAUCGUCUCUGUGUGGCCUGACCCAGUUUCUGCCAGAGAACAUGACAGUACUGCGUUGCCUGGGGCGCACCUUCGCCACGCUGCCACUGGGGGAGUCAGUGGUGCUGAAGCUCAGUCUCCCCUGCCUGCUCUAUGUCUAUCUGUUCUAUCUGUUCUUCAGCAUGGCCAGGAUGCGUGGUUUUAGAGGGACUUACUGCUUCCUGGUUCCAUACCUUGUGUGCUUCAUGUGGUGUGAGUUCUCUGUGGUGCUCCUUCAGAGUUCCUCUGUUGUGGGUCUAAUGCGCACCUGUGUAGCCUACUUCCUCUUCCUAUUUGCCCUGCCUGUCCUGGCUUUUGGCCUCGCCGCCAUGGUCUUGAUACAGGUCUUAAAGUGGUUCCUUGAGCUGGAAUUGACAAAGGUGAUUGUGACUCUGGUAGUUUGCGCGAUCCCUGUCACCCUGCGGCUGUGGACACGCUUCAGCACAUCUAUUCUGGAUGUCUUCAGCUCACUUACUCACCGCGGCCCGGUCAAACUCAUCUUACUCUGUAUCUCCAUGGUGAUCCUAUUCUUCUCUAUCUAUGUGUACCAUGCAGAGGGACAGAAGGUGUACAAUUCCACCUUGACUUGGAGACAGUACAGCCAGGCAUGCGGGCCCCCUGCUUGGGAAACCAAAGGCAUGGCCCAGACACAGCUCUUUUGUAGUCAUCUUAAUGGACACAGAGUCACAUGGGUUGGACGUUUCAAACACGUCCGCGUGGUCGAGACAGACAACGGGGCACAGUCGGUUAUCAGCAUGUUGCCAGUGUUCAUGGGAGACUGGCUGCGCUGCCUGUAUGGAGAGAAUUAUCCCAAAUGUGAGCCAAAGAAUGCUACAGUUGCAAACGUGACAGCUGCCAAUUUGGCAGCCGGUUCUGAGUCAGCUACCAUUUCACUACCCUUAUUGCUCCGAAUGCAAGAAGAGGAGGAGAUGUGUCAGAUAAAGGCUCUGGCAAAACAUACCUGCCAUGUCAAGCGCUUUGACAGCCACCGUUUUGAGGUGACAGUGGGGAUGCUCCGGGAUGGUAGUAUGGAGACAGAGGACCCAGCCAGGGAUAUAAUCCUAAUGGCUAGCCAUGAGUUCAGGCAAGUUUUGCUAAACCUAAAUCCUGGAGAUAUGGUGGAGUUUAGCACCAAGCUGGAGGGCCGUCUAGGAUCCAAAGCUCCAGCCUUUGAGUUAAAGGCGAUCCACUGUCUGGACUGUGUUUCGUCCCUGCUGACCGGGGGCAGACAGGUGAAGAUAGAGAGAGACUGGAGACGCACCACAAUGAGAGCCCUGAAGUUUGCGUUUGAUUUUUUCUUCUCUCCCUUUCUAUCGGCAAAAAUCCCUGCCUGACAAUGUGUCCUAACUUAAUGCGACCCAAGUGAGCGUCAGUGACUAAAUAGUUUGAUGGCAUUGUUUUUUAUUGGAAUGUCCUAACUGUCUGCGAGUGACGCAGCGUUAUGCAGCAUGCCAUUUCUAUUUUAUGUGGCACGAUGGACGAGGAACGGUUGAUUCACAGGGGUAAAAUGAGGAGUUAGCUGUAUGAUACUUUCUCAGAUGCCAACCUUCUUAAUUUGGCAUCUGACUAGAGGGAGAUUGGCAGGUAGCUAACCAUUUCUGUUUAGCUUUGUUGUGUGGGAUUCUCAGCAGGGCUUGCUAGCUAGCUAGCUUGUUUUACAAAGUGGAAAUGGUGGUAUGAUAUAGUAUAGUAGCAACAACAAUAAAGUAAAUACUCACCCAUCUUUUCAGUAGUUGCGUCUCCGAUCUGAUGUCUCUGAGCACACAGAUGAUAGGAGUGUGAUUUGUUUACACAUCAUAACAGAGAUUCAAUGAGGACAGAGAGCAUGCGAUGCAAUCUGACGUGGUGCGGUAGACUGACACUUGCUGUUAGGACACAGUAGAAGAAAGACAGUAAAACUGAAGUAAUAAUGACUCACUUGACUAUCUUCAGAAAGCCAUGCUGUUUCUUUCUUGUGUGAUUAUGUUACUAAUGUAACUUAUUGUAUUGUUUACAAUUUGAUCUGACAUGGAUCUACAGCUCAUGUUAAUAUAUUGAAAUUUUAAUAAGGUAGAGUCUAUGAAAUGAUUUCAUAUUUGAAGUACUUACUACUACAUAAGUUUAGCACAAGUUUACAAAGAUGUUGUUUCGGUUCAUGCUUGAGACUCCAUGUCACCGUUGCUUCGGUUUUUAUAUCCUGAUGAGCCAAGAGAAAACAAGAGUGUUUGUGUCCUGGGUCAUGUUUUCAGAAGGUUUGUGUUUCAAUAUCCAGGGUUGUUUUUAAAGAAUUGGAUAAAAGCCUAUAAUUUGAUGGUGCCAGAUUAAAUGCAGGGAAGCCAAUGUUGGGUAUUGACCCCUUCUGAAUGCCUAGAUACUGUACAUUUGUUAAAAAUGAAAUUUUAUUAGAGUGAAAUUUAUCUUUCAUUACUACGAAACUGACCUUUGUAGGACAGCUGCUUUUAUAUCAAGGGAAUGUCUUACAUGUAUGGGGAAUGAGUUUGCAUGUACAGUAUGUGUGUGACUUUGUGUGUGUACAUGAAUACAUUUUUAAAUGCA